AUGACACAGAUCCUAGAGACACUGAAGUCUUUAGAGAGAAGAGCCACAGAGGGGACCCCUACUCAAGCACCUCCAGCACAACCCACUCCUACCUAUCCACCAGGUUUCACCCCUACACAAGGACCGUCCCAAAGUUUUCCUCCUCAUGAAACAAUGGUGCCUUUGACCUUACAUGUAGAAAGGUCUCCACAACAAGCUUUCAAUCAACAAGAUGUCCAAUUUCCCCCAUAUGGCCUUCCUCAUGGUUAUACACCACCGAUAGCUGAGAACCCACCAAACAUUAGCCAGCCACCAAACCAACCGAUCCACCACCAACCACAAAUCACUAAUCCUAACCUUAAUGGAAACCCAGCCAUAUCACCAUUCCAUUCCCAUAAGACCUUAGAAGAACCCUAG